AUGCAGAAGACUGGAAUCGAGAAUGGGAGCAAUCAGAAACCGGCGUGCCCGCAGUGCAAGACGCCAAUACGGCUGAAGGAGGAGCAGAGCGUCGUGUUGGACAUGGUGGACCAGGCUGGGAGGAUUGCGGGCAAGGCGGGGGCAUUUGUCGCGUUUGGCGGAGUUGGAUCGGUGCUGUUCGUUGGAUGUACCGUUUACGGCGUCAACACGAUCUACACGAUAUGCGGGCCGGAAUACGCCAAUGAGAUAUUGCUUGGCCGAGAUUCUGAAUUUCAGUGGACGUGGCGCCUUGGUGUUGGCCUUCCGCUGAUACCAUUCGUUCUUAUUGCGUCACGAACUCGAGUCUUCGAUUCCGUCCUCCCGGUUCUUCCGGUCAUUUUCUUUUGCCACACCGAUCCUUUGCACUUCACCCUCCCGCCGUCGCCCCAGAUAACCCUUGCCCUACUGCCGUAUAUACGUAGUGCGUAUAACACCUUGUGGCAGCGCUACAUCGCCGUCCAUGAGGCUCGAUGGAUCAAGGAGACCACUCCGAAAUUCCAGCUCGAAAACGCCGAAGCGCAAGAACAGCAACGGCAGCAGCGGGAGCGGCAGGGCAAUGGUCAGGGCGGCCGACGACGCGGCAACCGCCGAGCCCAGGAUCCUGCGCCUCCUAUCGUCGAAGUAGAAAUCGACGCUCAACAGCAGUGGGACGGCGAGGUCAGAUUGGAGAAUCACAACAUCAUUCUCCAGGGCAGCAACGUCACUUCGAUGAUUCUUGGGGCUCUUCUCUGGCCUUCCGUGGCCAAGAUCAUCGGGCAGUCGCUCAGCCGGUUACCUGCAGGUUGGGGAGGAGACAAAGUAAGGAAGUGGCUGCCCACACAGCUGGCACGAAAUGUUGCAGGAGGUUUGAUGGUUGUUGUUUUAAAGGUAUGUGCCAUCCAAAAUGCAAUCCCGACGAUUGGAAGUUAG